AUGAGCUCUUUGGAAGCCCUGGAACUCAUCGAGCCUACGCGGGCACAGACUCAUGAAUCACAAGCGGCACAAUUAGAUGACAAUCCACCACAUGACGCUGUCUCCGUCGAGGAUAUCCCGCCCAACGGUGGCUAUGGCUGGGUCUGUACGGCUUGUGUCUUUCUGAUCAAUGCCCACACAUGGGGACUCAACAGUGCAUGGGGUAUUUUCCUAGCCUACUAUCUGUCCCAUUCCACCUUUGAAGACGCAUCACAUCUCGAGUACGCAUUGAUCGGUGGUCUUUCCAUCUCCCAAUCUCUGCUCAGCGCCCCCUUCGUGGCCACGUCGACGAGGCACUUCGGCACCCGAGGCACCCUUCUCAUUGGCACUGUGUUGGUCUUUGCUGCCCUCUUUGGUGCCUCUUAUGCAGCGGAGACAUGGCAUUUAUUCCUCAGUCAGGGUGUGUGUUUCGGCUGGGCAAUGGGCUUUCUCUACAUUCCUGCCACUGCUGUCCUUCCCCAGUGGUUCUCCAGCCGACGAAGUUUGGCCAUGGGGGUUGCCUCUUCUGGAGCUGGUUUGGGAGGACUAGCGUACAAUCUUGCUGCUGGCCGUAUCGUCGAAAGCCUGGGCGUCGACUGGGGAUACCGUAUAUUGGCGUUUUGCGGCCUAGCUGUCAACUUCAUCUGCUCAAUGUUGCUCAAAGAUCGCAAUAAGAUCGUCCAGCCCUUGCAGAAUGCGUUCAACUACCGUGAGUACGGACGCAUCGAGGUCAUGUUGGUCGUCAUUUGGGGAGUUCUGACCGAAUUGGGCUUCAUCGCCUUGCUGUACUCACUUCCCAACUACGCCACGUCGAUUGGCCUGACCCCGGGACAAGGAUCUGUCGUCGGAGCCCUCCUCAACCUUGGACUUGGGAUUGGACGUCCUGUUAUUGGAUACUACUCCGACGCCUUCGGACGCCUAAACAUGGCCACUCUGAUGACAGCACUCUCUGGUGUUCUGUGCCUUGCAAUGUGGGUACCAGCCAAAUCGUACGGCGUCCUCCUGGCUUUUGCUCUAACCUCCGGGUCAGUUUGUGGCAUCUUUUGGAACACAGUCACUCCCGUCACUGCCGAAGUAGUAGGGUUGAAAAGACUCCCUUCUUCAUUUGGAGUGAUAUGCCUGGCUCUAGUGGUCCCUUCCACUUUCGCUGAGCCGAUUGCACUCGAGAUGGUAGCGGCUUCUGGCUACCUGAGUUCUCAGAUAUUCGUGGGUUGCAUGUUUCUCCUUGCCGCCACGAGCACGUGGGUCCUGCGAUCAUGGAAAAUCCACGAAAUUGAACACAAGGCUACCCGUGAAAGACAGUCGACGGAGCCAAAUUCCGCCCGAAGGACAAUGGAACAUGGAUUUUGGUUGACCCCGAGAAGACUUCUGUGGCUGGGUAGAGUGUAA